GAUAACAGAAUUAACACGCUGAAUCGUAGCAUAAGCCGUUUUCGAUCAAACAAAGUCUUCGUGAAAGUUGCGAGGCAUUAAGCAUGAAAUCAGAAACACGGAGGUGUCACACUUGGGCGUAUAGGAAGGACUCUUGGAAGGUUUUACUCCUAGCAGAAGCUUUUCAUAUUGCAAUUUUGAAUGUGUUAUUCUUUUCUAGCACCCACAGUAGCAACAAAAUGAGCCAAAAACUGUUAGCCUACUAGGCCGUGUCUUCUUACUCUGAACCCGGUAUUACAAUACGUGCACCACACCCCUGACACGUAUGUAGUAGUGUCCCCCCUGAUCUCUUUAACGGAACAGACCCGGAACAAAGCUUGGAGCGUGUUUUGUUGAUUACCUCAUGGUUGAGGGGUUUUAGUGUUUUCACGCCCCUGAAUUGAUGAAACGUGAACAAUAAAAGCAUACAGAUGUCAACAACCCGCAAACACAUCGUUGAACUCCUUGUCAAAGAGGGUUCUUCAAGUUAGUAAAUAUCGAUCGUGUCGCCGGUAUUAGCCCUUGGAGUCGGUGAAGUAACUUUUAUUUACAACGUUUUGUGCCAUUUAAUUGGGAGCUCUUGUUCUGUCACAAUUUCUCCGCUGAACAUGGCCGAAUCUUAUUUGUUGCCAAAUCGUCAUUUCGAGCUCGAGCAGUGUGUUAACUUUCUGGAGUCUAGAAACUCUGCAGCGCAGCUGGAGCAUCCAGCGGUUUCGAGAUACAAGACGCUCGUUAGCAGUGGCCCCGACACAGAGUUACUUCGCUUCCAGAGUUCGCUGCAAGUUCACGAUGUGAAGAAAAUUCUCAUCUACCUCAGAAAUUUUGACAUCUGUGAUCUGGCUGACUACGAGAAAAUAUCCAACCCCCAUCUGUUUCCCACCUCGGAACUGAUGGUGGCCGAGUUAGUGACGGUGAUAUCGACGAAAGAUCCUCAUGCUUUCUGGUACUUUGUGCACGCAGUAAAGAAGUUUCGCGGACGGGAGGGACUGUUUGAAUUCUUUCACGGCGACAUCAAUUGCUGCGUUUGCGAGGAAGUGCAAGUAAAGGAAAAGGAAAUUGAUGGCACUCUUUCCUUGGUGCUCUCUCUCCCUGAAGGUAAAUGUCAACAGCGUAAUGCUCUAAGUGUACAAGGAACUGACUGCGCAUGCGUUGGUAAAUUUUUUAUUGAUAGAUGA